AUGGCGAACGACGCUACUGAACGUCAAUUUUGUCAGUACCCGACAGCCGUCGAAGGUCCGACCGUCCCAUACAAGAAUGAAGCUACGUCCAACCCUGUGCUUCGGGGUCGGUUGCUCCAAAUAGGAGCCUCACUGGUUCAGUCCUCCGGCCUUCUUCAGAGCAUCCUCUGGAAAAACGCUGGCUUCGACGUUCUGCAUACGAUAAAGGAAUUAGAUGACUAUGAGCCGCGAUUCGAUCCAACGGUCUUCCCGGCCAAGAAUUACACAGCGCAUACUGUACCAAGCCCAGUUUCCGGAAGCACCAAACGCCGGGGGGAUUACUACACUGCGGCUGAUUAUCGUGCGCUGUACCAGUCUGGGGAGCUUACCCCUCGGGCUGUAGUGGACUCGUUGCUUCCAUUGAUCCGUCGUGAUACCUCGCCGCCCGGUGAACAUUCUGUUGCAUUCUUGCAAUCACAGGUUGAUUUAAUUCGUGCAGCGGCGGACGCUUCGACAGCGAGAUACAAGAAUGGAACCCCUCUGGGACCGAUGGAUGGGGUUCCCGUCGCUGUGAAGGAUGAGGUGGAUAUAGCCGGAUAUAAAUGCACGUCAGGAACCAAAUUAGAUUUUACUUGCAAAUCUGGAAAGACAUCUUGGUGUGUGAAGAAGUGGGAAGAGGCUGGUGCGAUUGUGAUUGGGAAAACGACCAUGCAUGAAUUGGGACUUGAUACUUCGAAUAAUAACCCGAACGUGGGAACUCCUAAAAACCCUCACAAUCCGAAUUAUUACACGGGCGGCUCUUCAGGCGGUUCUGGUUACGCUGUUGGUGCCGGAAUAGUCCCCAUUGCUCUUGGGGCCGACGGUGGUGGCUCAAUUCGCAUCCCAUCAAGUUUUUGUGGAAUAUAUGGCUUGAAAUCAACGCAUGGCCGUGUUUCGGGAGCCCCAACCUGUGCACUUGCCACAACAACUGGCGUUCUCGGGCCUAUGGCGAGCAGUCUAGACGACCUCGAGAUGGCAUACCAUAUAAUGUCAAGUCCAGAUCCGGAUCAUGUCACAUCCUCCGCGUUCCCGGAUCCAGCAUCCGCUAUCGCCGUCAGUGACCGUCCAAAAGUCAUUGGGAUCUAUCAAGACUGGAUUAAGCGAUCUGAACCGGCUGUCCUUUCUCUUUUCAAUCGAGCAAUCGAGUACUAUCGCACCCAACAAGGCUAUGAAAUCGUCGAUAUCACAAUCCCCUGCAUUCCGCAAGGUCAAAAGGCGCAUGCACUCACCAUUCUCUCCGAAAUCGCUUCUGGCAUUUCAAAGGAACAGCUUUCUCAUCUCACUGCUCCUAACAAGGUGCUCAUCUCAUGUUCAAAUUCCCAGGUCACAUCAAAGGACUUUUUGGUCGCCCAGAAGCUUCGCGCCUUACUGAUGGCACAUCUUUCAUUCUUAUUCAAAAAGCAUCCAGGAAUGAUCAUUGCAACGCCCACUUUACCGAUUCCAGGAUGGCAGAUUGGCGGAGAAUCUGACCUAUCGCACGGUAUUAGCGAUGUUAAUACUUCCUUGCGCACGAUGGAAUAUGUCUACUUGGCUAACUUCUCCGGCUGCCCGGCCAUCUCCUGCCCUAUGGGCUACGUCGAGGACAGCAAGAUGCCUGUGGGGAUUAUGGGGAUGAGCGAAUGGGGUAGCGAGUGGGCUUUGAUUGAGUGGGGACGUGAUGGCGAAGGGGUGUUAGAUAUAGAUGAGGAUGUCACGGUCAGCAAUGGUGCUGAAAAUGGUGAGGAAGCAGCUGUUGUGGUCAACAAAGGCUUGAGGGCACCGUCCGCGAAAAAUGGAGGGAGGUGGAUUGAUGCGAUCAGUCUGGCGAGGACGAAUGGCGGUAAUUAA